AUGGCCACAUGGGAGUCGAAAAAUUCAAAGCGAAGAACAACGAAUAGAAUAUUAAAGGAGUACAUGGACAUGGCCCUAGACCCGCCAGAGAAUUGCAGUGCAGGACCGGCAUCAGAUGAAGAGUUUGACAAGUGGGAGGCAACGAUAAUAGGGCCGCACGGCACGCCGUACCAGGACGGCAUUUUUCUGCUUGAGAUAUACUUUCCGCCGAACUAUCCGUAUAGUGCGCCUAAGGUGAUGUUCAAGACACAAAUAUUUCACUGCAAUAUUAAGGAUGGUCACAUAUGCCUGGACAUCCUCAAUACGAAGUGGAGCCCUGCGCUUACGAUAUCUAAGGUGCUUCUUUCUAUCUCCUCGUUGCUGAGUGAUCCUAAUCCGAAUGACCCACUUAAUAAGCAGGCAGCGGAUUUGUAUAUGAAUGAUAGACAGAAGCACAACCGGGUGGCGAAGGACUACACAAAGAACUAUGCGAUGGGGGAGAAGUAGAGCGGUGCCAAUAAAUACAACGAUAUUUUUAUGUGCGUGUCAGCUUUUGUGUUUUGAUGGCCGAGCAGUUCUUUACGAGUGCGUGGAGCUGCGUGCUACGUUGGAGAAGAAGGGUGGGUGCGCUGGUUGUCUGCAUUUUCGUGUAGAACGGGCACGUGUUGCGCCCCUUCACGCCUACCACAUCAAACUAUGGUAUCCCGGAUUGCAGGCCAGGCAUUCGCUCUGUGCGUUUUACUUGUCAAGCCCUUGCCAUCAAUAAGUAAAACUUCUCC